AUGGAAGCGUAUACGCACUUUGUUGUUACGCCGUGGCGCAACAGCCAGGAGCUGAUUCAGCUUCGGCGAGACUUUUAUCGGCUAGGUGAUGACAAUGUUGAUAGGAGAGAGUGUGCUGUGAACAAGGUUCUGGCAUGGCGGGCGAGAAGAGAGAGCUUGCCUUUGUUGUUAGACUCGACGGCGGAUAUCGUUGAUGUGGUAGUCCAGGAGGAGAAGGGUGGGCUGAAGCACAACGCGUGCAGAUUGCUGUAUGCGACCGCUAUAUCAAGAUUCAUCACCGGAUACCUCGACACCCAGAUUGAUCUGACGCGGGACCGCCCUUCAUGGUUCCCAUCAGGAAAAGCACUGCAGCCGCCCGUCUCGCUUCUCGAGGUGCGGCACUGCAUAGUCCACAGACACAUGCCCUCGCUAGCCGAGCUGAAGCGCGCCACGCGAGAAGCUCUCGCCUGGCUAUGGGAGUGGUACUGGGCGCAGCUGGAACCGGCCUUCAGCCUCCCCUCGUUGGGGACAACAAGCGGUAACAACGACGACGACGACAUCGGCGCAGCGAGCAGACACGUGCGCGACAAACUCCAAACCAUCCUGCGCACGUACGUCAAGACGCGCAAGCAGGAAAUCAAAUCAAAACGCAGGCCCGAGCUGUGCACAGCAGCGCGCGACGCUCUGUCUACAUGCACGCUCCGCUUCAGCCCACCAGCCAGCACGCGCGCGUUGUCGACGGCGCAAAACGCCCUGCUGCACCUCCUCGUGCGCGACGCGCAGAUGCUGCCCCAGGACAAGCAACUCGGCACCACAAUGUCCGGCGCCUUCCUCGUCUGGGGCCCGCUGCUGAGCGCCUUCUGCGCACAGAGUCCCGCGUGCUUCCACGCGCUGCUGGACGCCGUGCUGGAGGGUAUGCGCGGCGGAGACGAGACGAGCGGGGCGGCCAAAGAGGGGUUCUGUGCGUGGGCCGCGCAUAUCCUUACCAGCAGCGAGUGGGCGGGUGUCAGGAGGGGGGAAAGAGCGGUCAGGGAGAAGGUGCUUGGGGAUUGCAUGACGGAGCUCCGGGUCUGGGAUCUGAGGCUUGCCGAGGAGAUUGUCGGUGUGAUGGGAGGGGAGGGGGAGUUGUGGCGUGCGAUUCUGGAGGCUUCGCGGAGUGAGGAGGCGGGCGAGGGGGUGGUGGUGCGUGAUGAGGUGGGCGGCGAGAGAGAGAAAGAGGCGGAUGGAGAUAUGGAGGUGGAGGUGGAGGUGGAGGUGGAGGUGGACCGAGCCACAGAGGGUGUACCCGUGGUGGCUCACAACCCCGUGCUAGCUCCCGGCUCCAACGAGGUCAAGGAGAAGAGCAGAGGGCCGCAGAAAGUGGUCGGGUUGUGGAAGCCAAAGCCUAUUGGGUGGCUGCCUGAGGGCUGGGACGAGGACGCGUGA